AGACGGGUUGGUCAUGACGUCAUGUUCGCUCUGCUCCAUUCUGGUCUGCUGAUGUUCGCGAGGCGGUGGACUCACAGGCGAGAGAAAUCCAAUAUCAACAGUUUAAAACCUACUUUCUCCCCUUAGUGCAUUGGAUAGAAAGCAGUGCAUUAUGGGGGAGCUUUUCCGCAGUGAGGAGAUGACCCUGGCCCAGCUCUUCCUCCAGUCUGAGUCGGCCUACUGCUGUGUCAGUGAGCUUGGAGAGAUUGGCAUGGUGCAGUUCAGAGAUUUGAACCCAGAUGUGAAUGUUUUCCAGAGGAAGUUUGUAAAUGAAGUCCGUCGCUGUGAGGAGAUGGACCGCAAAUUAAGAUUUGUUGAGAAGGAAAUAAAAAAGGCCAACAUACCUGUUGUAGACACAGGGGAGAACCCAGAGGUCCCUUUUCCACGAGACAUGAUUGACUUGGAGGCCACCUUUGAAAAGCUGGAGAAUGAGCUGAAGGAGAUCAACACCAACCAGGAAGCCCUGAAGAAGAACUUCCUGGAGCUGACGGAGCUCAAGCACAUCCUCAGACGAACGCAGCAGUUCUUUGAUGAGAUGGAAGAUCCUGCACUUUUGAAUGAGACUUCAUCUUUAGUCGACCCAAAUGAGAUCGGACGUGGUGCUCCUCUCAGGCUUGGGUUUGUUGCAGGUGUAAUAGGCAGAGAGAAGAUCCCCAGCUUCGAGAGAAUGCUGUGGAGAGUUUGCCGUGGCAACGUCUUCCUGAGGCAGGCAGACAUUGAGGACCCACUUGAGGAUCCCACCACAGGAGAUCAUGUGCACAAGUCAGUGUUCAUCAUUUUCUUCCAGGGAGACCAGCUGAAGAAUAGAGUGAAAAAGAUUUGUGAAGGGUUCCGGGCAUCUUUGUACCCCUGUCCAGAGACCCCUCAAGAGAGAAAAGAAAUGUCAGCCGGAGUGAACACUCGCAUUGAUGACCUCCAAAUGGUGCUAAAUCAGACAGAAGAUCACCGGCAGCGAGUGUUGCAGGCGGCUGCUAAGACUGUCCGUGUGUGGUUCAUCAAAGUGAGGAAGAUGAAAGCCAUUUAUCACACUCUGAACCUCUGCAACAUUGAUGUCACCCAGAAAUGUCUGAUCGCUGAAAUCUGGUGCCCUGUGUCGGAUCUGGACUCCAUUCAGUUUGCACUCCGCCGAGGCACGGAGAGAAGUGGAUCCACUGUUUCUUCCAUCCUGAACAGAAUGCAGACCAAGCAGACCCCACCCACCUACAACAAAACCAACAAAUUCACCACUGGCUUUCAAAACAUUGUUGAUGCCUAUGGCAUUGGCAACUACCGGGAAAUCAACCCAGCUCCAUACACCAUCAUCACCUUCCCCUUCCUGUUUGCGGUCAUGUUUGGGGAUCUGGGGCACGGUGCCCUCAUGACCUGUGCUGCACUUUUUCUGGUACUGCGAGAGAGCCGAUUAAUUGCCCAGAAAAACGACAAUGAGAUGUUUACCAUGGUGUUUGCAGGCCGUUACAUUAUUCUCCUGAUGGGAGUAUUUUCAGUGUAUACUGGAAUCAUAUAUAACGACUGUUUCUCCAAAUCUCUCAAUGUUUUCAGCUCAGGCUGGAGUGUCAGACCCAUGUUUGGAGAUAGAGGCAACUGGACGUUUAAGACUUUGGAAGAUAACAAAAUAUUACAGUUGGAUCCUGCUGUGCCGGGAGUGUUUGGUGGGCCCUAUCCCAUUGGCAUUGACCCAAUCUGGAAUAUUGCUACCAACAAGCUGACGUUUCUGAACUCUUUCAAGAUGAAAAUGUCAAUAAUUCUUGGAGUUAUCCACAUGCUGUUUGGAGUCAGUCUCAGUCUCUUCAAUCACCUGUACUUCAAGAAGCCUCUGAACAUCUUCCUGGGUUUUAUUCCUGAGAUUGUUUUCAUGAGCAGUCUGUUUGGCUACCUGGUGUUGCUCGUCUUCUAUAAAUGGAUGGCAUAUGACGCUAAGACCUCAAAAGACGCACCCAGUCUUCUUAUAGCCUUCAUUAACAUGUUCCUCUUCAACUACAAUGAUCCAACCAACAAGCCAUUAUACAGAGGACAGAUGGUAAUUCAGUGUCUGUUAGUUGUUGUGGCUAUCCUCUGUGUGCCAUGUAUGCUCAUAGUAAAGACCCUAGUAAUGCGCAGACAGUACCUCUGGAGAAAGCAUCUGGGAACACAAAACUUUGGGGGAAUACAUGUGGGUAAUGGCCCAACAGACGAUGAAGCUGAGAUCAUUCAACAUGACCAACUUGCCCAGAACUUUGAAGACGAGCCUGAGCAAUCCGAGGAGGAAGUGUUUAAUUUUGCAGAUGUAGCCGUACAUCAAGCCAUUCACACUAUAGAAUACUGCUUAGGCUGCAUCUCAAACACAGCAUCUUAUCUACGGCUAUGGGCGCUGAGCCUGGCACAUGCCCAGCUCUCUGAAGUCUUAUGGUCAAUGGUAAUGCACAUUGGCCUGGCCUCUAGGAAUUUUAGUGGAUUCCUUGGCCUGUCAAUCAUCUUUGCCGUCUUUGCUACAUUGACAGUAUUUAUUCUAUUGAUCAUGGAAGGACUGUCUGCCUUCCUUCAUGCUCUUAGAUUGCACUGGGUGGAGUUCCAGAAUAAAUUCUACACUGGACAGGGCUUCAAGUUCAUGCCUUUCACUUUCGACAGCAUUCUGGAGGGCAAGUGUGAAGACUAAACCACACCCACUUUCUCUUAACUGCUACGCAUUCAGACUACAGGAGCCAAUCAGAUUAAAUGUCAGAUUUUAUGAUCUGUGCGAAUACUGUGCUAAAAACCUACCUUGACUUUGUAAGACUCUAGAUUUCUCAGGUGUUCUACAUCAGGACUUAAAUUGAAUAAUUUUACAAAUAAACUAGAUGUGUAUGGUUGAAGCUGAGCUAAAACAAAAAAAAAACUUCUGAGCUAAAAUUGCAUAGCAUAUUCAAAAAAAUUCACUACUUUCAAAUUCAAGAUAUGUUUUCAUACAUAAUAAUAGAAGCUCAAGUGAUGUUACCAUGCAGCACACAGGAGUGCAAGCAGCAUUAUAUUUUUGUUUUUGCUAUAAAUUAUGAAGUUGAUGCAGAUCACAUGGAUGCCUCCUCAAUUUGUACAAACCCUUAAAUUAAGGCUUGGCAAAAUAUCAACAUUUAUCACCAUUUCUUACCCAUCAUAGCAUUGGUGGAAAUGUUUUCUGUUUCUGAAAACGUUAUUAGAGUUUUGUUUUUUAUAUAUCUUUUAUCCUUUAUGUUGUAGCUGAACCCUUCUGUAAAACAGUUCUCAUACAAAGGGACUUCAUUUCAAAUGAUGCAAAGCAAGCUUCAGAAAAUUUGACGUAGGUUAUAAGCUUUCUCAUCAAGAAUAUCUGAAUAAUAAAUACCACAGAUAAUCCUACAGAUUAGCCUGAUUUAGCACAGAUAUGUAAUUUUGUUUCAUUCCUUCAAAUGCAUAAUAUAAGAAUAGCUGAGUUUUAGUUGGACUUGAACUGUAUUUCUGUUUAAUUUUUGUACAUUUGCUAUUGUGUUUGUAUAAUGCAAAGCAAAUCUACAUCUGAAUGCUAAUGUUCAUAAAAAUCUGUUCAUUGCAGUGCCCAGUUCCUUGUUUAUUUGUUUGAUUUACAUCAUGCCCAUACAUUGGCUCUGGAAAAAAUGUGUUUGUUCAUUAGUUAUCAGUGGCAGUCCAUUUAGUCUUUGAGAAAUGACCUAUAACAUGUGAAGGCAGCCAGUAAAUCUAAGUGAUUAUGUCUGUUUUGUUUGGCAAUAAAAGAAAGGAACUGAUCUGAACACUUGUUUUUUUCCCCCCCCU